AUUACUGCAGUGCAGAUCAAAUGUCUAGGCUAGAACUAAUUAGCAUGGCUAAGGAGUUUGGGUUGGAUAUUGAUAGAUGUACAAUUUGGUGGUUUGUUGUAUUUGUGAGGUAUAGGAUCUGAAAGAAAUAAAAACAAAUUCAGAUGCUUUAAGUAUGGCACUUUCUGUAGGGGCUACCAAGGAGGUUAAUGUGUACAUUAAAUAUGCAAGGUCUGACUGUGCCUAACAUGAAACUAUCCACCAUGAUGAAGGAGAAGAUGGUGAAGGAGAUAAUAAUCAAGUAGGUGUUGAUCAAGGAUACAAAGAUGUAGAAGCAGAAGAGGGAGAGGAGGAUGCAGAUGUUGGACAAGAUGGUGACUUACAAGGUAUCUUGUUAGGAAAAAAAAUUAAAGACAAGGCAAUAGAUGAGCAAAAUGAAUUUUAUGAUUCAGAUUACAGUUUUAAUGGGGAGACAGAUGGUGAAGAUGGUGAUGAGGAAUCCACAAGGAUUAGAACAGAGAUAGAAAUAGAUGGAGAGACUGCUGGAGUGGGAAGUGAUGGGGAUGUAGAAUCUGAAUAUGCAAGGUCUGAUGAGCUGCAGUCUUGUUCUUCAACAGACGAGGAGUCACUGGUGCCUAAUAGACCUAGAUAUGCAGAAUUCAAUGAAGAAGUUGAUAUGAAAAAUCCACAUUUUAAGAUAGGCAUGAAGUUCCGAAGUUUUAAAUAGUUUAAGGAAGCUGUAAAGAAUUAUGGUAUCAUGAAUCGCUAUGUGAUGAGCUUCAAGCCCAAUAAUAAAAAGAAGUGUAAAGCAUUCUGUAGAAAAAGGUGUCCCUUCUAUCUUUGGGCUUCUCCCAUGGUGACUGAUAAGAACACAGUUCAAAUCAAGACUGGGGUUUUAAAGCAUGAAUGUACAAGAGAUCAUGUAAACAAGCAUGUUAAUGCAUAUUGGGUGGCAAGGAAUUAUUUAGAGCAAUUUAGGGCAGAUCAUGCUUGGAGGAUUGCAGGAAUAAUUCAAGCAGUCAAAAGCAAUCAAGAGGUGGAUAUCAGCAGACUGAAAGCUUAUAGGGCCAAGAGCAUUGCACUUAGAAUUAUAGAUGGUGAUGAGAAGUCUCAAAUGUCAAGGUUGUAUGACUAUAGACUGGAGCUUCUAAAGACACAUCCUGGUUCAACAAUCAUUAUCAACUGCACUGACGAGGGUGUCUUCCAAGCAUUCUAUGUAUGCCUGGCUCCAUUGAGGGAAGGAUUUUUGGCAGGUUGUAGGCAUUUUGUUUCUCUAGAUGGAUGCUUCUUGAAAGGGGUGUAUGGAGGGCAAUUAUUAUGUGCCGUUGGGAUAGAUGCAAAUGAUUGCAUCUAUCCCAUAUCUUGGGCUAUGGUUAGUAAAGAGAACAAAGAUAAUUGGAAGUGGUUCUUGGAGAUCUUGGCACAAGAUUUGAGGAUAACUGAUAGCAGACAUUGGGCCUUUAUGUCUGACAGACAAAAGGCGAGCAAGGCUGAAUUUUUCUCUUUGUGUUUAUCUCCUAGCUUGAAUUUUGGAAAUUAUUCAAUGGCAACUUUACUUGUACUAAUUUAUAAUUGUCUUGGUGUUUCUCUCUUGCCUUUUACUUUGCUUUACUGGUUCUGGAUGGUGAUGUGGCAAUGUUAAAAUUAUCUAGGGAUUAAUGCCUGCAAUUGCAGAGCAUUUUCCACUUAGUGAGCACCGGUAUUGUGUGAGACACAUUCACACAAACUUUCGAAAAACCUUUAGGGGCAAAGCACUAAAAGACCAACUAUGGGCUUGCGCUAAAGCCACUAACCUUCAUGUCUUUGAAAAAGAAAUGGAAAUUAUGAAGGGGAUGUCAGUGGGGGGACAUGAUUACAUGAAAAAGAUAGAACCUAAACACUGGAGUAGGGCAUAAUUUCAAAGCAAAUUUAAAUGUGACAUCCUAUUAAAUAACUUAUUCGAGUGUUUUAAUAGUAAUAUCCUAGAGGCUAGGUUAAAGAGAGUGAUCACCAUGACCGAGAUGAUAAGAACACAAUUAAUGAAAAGGAUUCAAGGGAUGCAUUGAAGAAGGUGACAACAUCACAUUGCCCAAAAAUAUUGAAGAAGCUUGAAAAAUUUAAACAGUUAAGUUGGUUUUAUAAUACAACUCGGUCAAGAUGGGACAAAUACCAGGUUAUAGGGCCUAAUGGCCAGUUUGUGGUGGACAAGAGGCAGUGCACAUGCUCUUGUAGAAGGUGGAAAUUGAGUGGAAUUCCAUGUGGGCAUGCAAUAUCUGUGUUAUACUACAAUAAAGAGACACCCGAAAAUUAUCUGGACAAUUGUUACAAGGUUACGACUUUCAUGAACACCUAUAAGAAUAUACUAAAUCCUACUCAUGACAAAGACUCAUGGCCUAAGAGUGACCAAGGUCCUGUCAUUCCACCUAAACCAGUGAACCAAAGAAGAGGUAGGAAAACACUUCUUAGGAGAAAGGAAGCUAAAGAAAACCAAGGCUUCACCAAUGGGAAGGUUAGCAAGAGAGGUGUUAAAAUGAGAUGUAGUGUGUGUGGUGAAACAGGGCACAACAAGAGAUAUCAUGGACUAAAGGGAAAUAGAGAUGCUUCAGGCGGGCAAACACAUGGAGAGGCAAGCCAAGGUGAAUCCAUCACAGCAGAUGAUCAAACUGCAAUGAAUGAUGCUUUGAGAUUAAUUGAUGAAAAUGAGAGAGCUGAAGCAAAUACAGAAGCAGGGGGAGAAUAUCACAUAACACCACCAGCAUUGGAUCAUCAGGUGUCACAGUUCAUUACAAUUCCUGUUUAAGCAAUUCAUGAAGCAACACCCUUAGUAGAAUAUUCUAUGAGACAGCAACAACAUGAGUCAGGGCUUCCUGUCACACGGGUAUGCCUUAAAAUCUGAUAAAAUUUGAAAAUGAAGUCUUAAACAUUUUUUUCCCAUCACAUUUGUAGGUUCCAAUAAUACCUAACCAAAAAGCCCAUGUGGAAUUACCUAUUGGAGAAACCCCAGUGAGAAAACCAAAGAUAACCAUUAGGUCUAAAAAAUCAAGGAUAAACGAAGGACCUUCAUCUGAUGCCAAUCCACCAUUUAAAAAUCCUAUUUCUGCUGCAAUUGUCCCUAAGCUAAGGUCCUAGGGAAACCAAAAAGAUGUCAAAGAAGGGAGUAGGGCAGAGGCAACAGGUGCUGUCAAGAGAAAGAGGGCAUGGCUACCACCACGAAAUGGCUCCUUUUCUAGAUCAACCAACCCAUGAAGGAAAUGCAGUUUGCUUGUGAUUUUUG